AGCAUUUGGUGGUAAUGAAACAUUCGCAGCAAGCAAAGGAUGGCUGAGGGCAUGGAGGGAGAGGUACGGGAUUCGGGGAGUAAAAAUCAGUGGAGAAAAGUUGUCGGCCAAUGCUGCAGCAGUUGAUCCCUUCAAGGAAAAAUUUUUGGACAUCAUAAAAAAGGAAAAUUUGAUAGUUGAUCAAGUGUUCAACGAAGGUCAGCAAAACAGAAGUGGUGGAACUGAAGAUGAUGUAGACGGGGAGAAAGAAGACGAAAGGGCAGGAGCAGAGGAAGGAAAGGCAGAUGACGACGAGUACAAUGGAAACGUCGCUCGAGAAAGUCCAUGUGCUCCAGGAAAACGCAGAGACUCUGGUGUUGAGCUUUGUUGCAAAGAGGGGGUGUAUGACCUGGAAAAUAAUAAUCUCCCAGAGGAUCCUCUGAAAAUGAUGACUGCAAAAACACGAAAACAUGAGGCAUUCCGUUGUCUCACGUACGCGGGUGAAAAAGGCUCAGGCUCUGAUCGCCUAGACGACCUCGAGAACAAAAUUAACGAAUUGAGAAACGAAAAUGAACGUCUCAAAAACGCAGUAUCUCGGUUCGAAGAACGCGAAGCAGACUACGAGGAAAAAUUGGAACAGAAACUACAUGAGAUUGUUCAAUUGAGCUCAGAAAAUGAAUUAGUGCGCCAGGAUGCAGCUAGACAGGUAGCAAGGACAAAAGAGAGGUGUGAAACCAUUCGUAGAACAAUGCAAGAUCAAAUUACGGAUAUGGAGAAGCAGCUGGCGCAGUGUAGAGCAAUUGCGAAGGCAGCACAAAAAGAUAGAGACGAAGGAUACCGGCCGCAAGACAAGUAUACAAUCAGUGCCAUAACAAUUGAAGAAGAAGAAGGCAACAAUAGCCGUUGAUCAGAGGA